UGACGGGUGAAAUUCUUUAUUUGUGUCCUGGAUAGUAACAGAGACUUGUUGAAGUCUUAUGGAUUAUCUCUUUACAGAACAUUUUAGAUGAAUUACCAGUCCUUGAGUAGCACACAGUGCACCAUCCCUCUGGUGAAUGAAGACUAUGCAGGUGUCACAGAUUACCAGAGGAACCCCUUUACAGAUCCCACCCCAGCCUGUACCCAAGACCAGGCGCUCCAUCCUCCCUGACACCACCCAACCUCUACAGAGGGACACAGUGACCAGUGGAGAUGGCUCCAGGCAGACCUGUGGCUCUCCGGGCCCAGGCCAGACAUGCUGGAGCCUGGAUGUAAAGGUGGCCGUGCUGCUGGUGACAGUGGCUGGAGUUCUGAUCCUUAUCCUGCUUUACCGACUCCUCCAGCUGAGGCACAGACUGAGGCUGGCUCAAGCCCGACAUGCUCUGGAAUACUAUGGCUUCUACCACGCCGCCAACUACACCCUCAAGGAUCCCAGGCUGCCCCAGACGCCGCGUGCCAAUGGAGACGCUGCCAAACCUGUGGUCCCCGUUGUCGUCACCCCACUGCCGACCCCUCCGGUCCCCCCGCCGGUCCCCCCGCCACCCCCUCUGCGCCUUCCAUCACCCCCCGCCCCGCGCCAACCCCCACAUCUGGCUCUACCUCCUCCGCUGCCCCCCCCCCCUUCUGCCACUCUCUACUUCUAUUUCCCUCCCCUUGUCCGUGCCCAUCAUCCAUACCACCCCACCGAGCCCUCACCUGUCUUGGGGCGCCAGCUCAGAUGCAGAGGUGUAUUCCCGGAUUGGAGCCUUCCGACUAUCUAG